UAGAUGAACAGCUUACCCAUGGCUUCCAGUGAAAUGCAGCCCAGAAAAGAAGACAUCUAAACAGAAAGUUUAUGCUGGUUCUGUUUACCUACACCAACCCCUUGGGGAGUGUAUCUGGUUGGAUUCUUCAUCAUCAUGAAUCCUGCCCAACUUCACAUUUUAAAACAUCGAGACCAUAUGAAAGACCUCCGAAGGUACCUGGUGUUCAAAUACAUCCAAUAUCUAGUCUUACCUUCUCCAAACGCCAUCAUGACCCUACGGGGAUUGCUUGCUAGUCUGUAUGUUAUGCUUAUAUUGACAUUUCCUUCUGUAUCCAGAAAAUCCACUGUGGUGUUUAUUAGUAACAUAGCUCAGGCAGACAUCUUAGUUGGCUGCAGCAUUUUUUCUACCAUCACAGCAGGUGUGACAAAUAGUGAAACAUCUUUAGCUUCUUUUCAAUCUGCCUUGAGGCAGAACUUCCAAAUUGCAAAUGUACAUGCCAGUUCCCUUUUACUCAGCUGUGUUAGCCUAGAGGCUUUUCUGAUUACUUUUCUUCCAGUAGAGACUCGCCACAUAAGGAAUGUUAGAUGUGCCAGAGUAGCUUCUAAGAUCAUCUGGGCUGCUGUAAUUACUGAGUGUUUCCUUUAUCAGCUUGAGUGCAUCAAAGGCUUUAACAUUUCUUAUCUUGGCAUUCAUAGGCAAGUUCAGCCAUUGGUGAAUUUCUGUUAUGACACCACAGCAUUGCUGAAAUUACUUGUUUACCCGACUGGAGUUCUUUUAAGAAUAUUCAAUGUUUAUCUUUUUUAUAAAAUAUAUUUCAGGGACUGCUAUAUUUAGUUUGUUAGGAAUGUGAGAUCUGGUGCCCAGUUAUUUUGUCAAACACUCAUGUUUAAUGGUGCUGUGAAGACAUUUUAUAGAUACAAUUAACUUGUAAUUUGCUACUAUUAAGAAAAAAAGACUAACAUCAGUAGCAAAACUGUACCUCAUCUAAUCAGCUGAAGGCCUUGAAAGCAAAACACAGGUUUUCCAGCAAAAGAAAUAUUGCCUGAAGACUGGUAACUUGAGGUUCGAAGCUGUUGUCUGCACUGCACAUUCCAGACUCAAGACUACAUCACCUGUGUUCCUGACGUUCCAGCUUCGUGGCCCACUGCCACAAAGUUUGAACUUUCUAGCUCUGAAAAAUCAUCUAAGAUGGUUACCUUAAAAGAAAGAGAAGCCACAAUCUGCUCAGUCUGUGUAAUAACACUUGUAUGUAUGUCUUCAGAACUGAUCACUUGGGAUUGGAUAACCAAAUGAUGCUUUUCCCUGGGGAAGACAUUUUCUCUUGCUCUCUGCUUUCCUUAGUUGCCUGUAGUUAUUUGCCUAAGGUUGAGGCCUUGUGAGCUUUCCCUCUCCAUGUUAGCCUGUCUGUUGACAUUGUCUUUGUUCAGGUUCUGUUUAGGCAGCCAUGAUGGUGAGACCUCAUGGAUGUAGCUUCUGACAUUACUAGGAGAGACAGCUUCAAAGAAAUUUCCCUUAUCUGCAAAGAAAUUUCCCUUAUCUUAGAAUCUUUCCACCCUCUCUUCUGCAAUUACAAUUGAUGGCAAAAAGGCCAGGAAUUGAAUGAGAGCAAGGAGGGGUAGGUAUAUGGGGUGGUUUGGAGGGAGAAAAGGGAAAAUACUAUAAUAGUAUUAUAAUCUCAAAAUAAAAACAUAAAGAGAAAAUGUCAUAUCCUAUAUGUUCUGUUUAUUUUUAGUUUUAAUUUUGGAGAACACUAACUAAUGCUGAUUUUUUGCUACUGAGGGUCAUUCCAGAGAAACAGAAUCUUGCAAGUAUUCUGAAUUAGUUUUGGGAUUUUGACAUUUCUUCUCUAAUGUAACUGAAUUUAAGAGUUUUGAUGUCUCUAUUUCUAGUAGUAAAAAGGACUCUGAUAGUAUAUAGGAUGAUAUGGCAAGAGGUAUAAAAUAGCAUAAUUGAAUAGAGUCAAUGAAAUUUCUUGGUGAACACAUACAAGGGGGGGGGCUUUGAACUCAUUAUGUUGCUGAGACUAGUCUUUGACUCCUGAUCCUCACAAUUCUACCUCUCAAGUGUUGAGAUGACAGGCAUAUACUAUGACACCUGGCUGGUACCCUAGGGCAUCCUUAUAAAACUAGUGAGUUUACAGAGAUUAUACAAUUAUCCCUAAUUUUUCCAAGUGGAAAAAGAAAGGAAUGAAUUAGAGGUUUUUAAUUCCUAGUUCAAGUGCUGAAGUAAUGGUUUGAAAACACCAAAAUCUUCUCUGAAAGAUUCUUCCCUUAGUGACAGAAUUGUCAUGAUGAAAAGUGGUAUCUAGAUACCUUCAUUUAAGCAAGUAACAGCUUAAAUAGAACUUCUAACCUCAUAGGAUGUCUGCUGUUAAGUGAAGACAUUAAUUGGGAAGGAAGGGGAUAUUCAAAAUUGACAUGGUAACAUGCUUAAGACCUGAAGACACUGAAAUCCUAAGGUUAGCCAAGUUCCUUUUGUCAAUAGAAGCAGUCUCAUCAAAGGAAGAACUCUCCUUUGCCAAAGAAACUCUUACAGAAUCUCAUAUCAAGGCUGUCUUGCACCGUCAAGUCUCUUCCUGGGUUCUUAUAGUUAUAUCUCUGUUAAUUCUGGGUAUGUAAUUAAAUUCAAGUCCCAGCAAGCACUAAAAGAUGAGGUGUGUUGCAUAAGGAUGUUUGUUAAGGUGUACAAGAACUGUAUGGGUUUUUUAAUUUAGACAGAUGGAAACUUGAGUGAAAUGUUAAGUAAUAGAUACUAAGGGUGGAAUCUAAGUGUAAGGAGGACAUAGCAUUGGAUUAGGCCAAAUAAACUUAUGGAGAUUAGAAUGUUAGAGUGAUUAACAUGUACUCCUUUGCCAUGAACAUGAAAAAAGGUUUAUUGGAGAUUGCCAACAUUCAUUUUAAAAUAAUGUAUUUUAUUAUUUUUUGAGAUUUUCAUACACUGCGUUUUGAUCAUAUUCACUUCUGUUCCUCAUUGAAACUCUUUGUAAAUCCAUUCCCUGCUCCUUAUCCCCUGUACUUUGGUGUUCUUUCUUUGAAUUUUUUAAUACCCCAGGACCCAGUAAUUCCACUCUUGGGAAUUUACCCAAGAGAUGCCCAAUCAUACUACAAAAGCAUUUGCUCAACUAUGUUCA